AUGCAAAAUGGCGGGCCCUACCACCGCGACACCGUAGCAGAGAUCAAGGAGCGGGCAAAGGAGAACGUGAACUUGGCCCGCGGCGCAUCGGCCACCAAUCUUCUCAAGGCUGCUCGCACCCAGAUCCAGUAUGCGCACGUCCAGGAGAAUGAGGGCGACCUUCAGAGCGCUCUUAGCCACCUUACCAAGGCGGCCUCGCUCGUGCAAAUGCUCAUGGAAACAGCAGAGUUCCGAGCGGAUUCACAGGCAGGGAAGAAGGGUGUGCUGUUCAGAGAGUUCAUGGAUUUCCAGCAGACGGACGGGCGGGAUUUACUUGGCAAGCUGAAGAACGUGGAGGCGAAGCUGGUGGAGUUGGAGAAGUCCGUACCUUCACCGACCCCGACUGAAGAGGAGCCGAGCAGUCCGAUUGUCAAGACUGGCGGCGGGAGCAUCGCGGACCGCAUGCGCUCUUUGCAAAGCGCCGGUCUCUCCGUUGCGACCACGAAACGCAUCUCGCGCGAAAUCCCUAUUGGGUCCCCUCCACUAUCACCAGACAGCGUCCGCCCAAACUUCUUAGCUCUGCAAGCCCUUUCUCCGCCAGCGUUCGCUCCCUCAUCUUUUCACCAAAGCCUUGGUUCACCCACCACAAGCACCCCGUCCGGACCUUCUGCCCAUGCGCUAGUGCCUACAUCUAGCCUGGGUCCACCUUCGCCUUCUUCAUCCACCUCAUCCUCACCCCGCAUGUCCGUCCUGAGCCUGCAGGACUUCGCACACACAUUCCCCUCGAUCGACGAAAUAGAAGAGAUGGACGUCCUUAAGCUUCAUCCAGAUCCCACGGGCACUAGCAGUACCGGGUCCCGUUCAAGCAAGCCUUCGUUAGCAGACUUGAGAGCAAAUGGUGGCCCACCUUUGGUUCAUCCCAAGCCGUUUCCCGUAUUACCCAUGGAUAUGCCCCGACCGUCCAGCACGCCCAUUCCGCCUACGAUCGAUACAUUCCAGAGCCGACCAAGUUCUCCCGCACGCGUACCACUUUCUCCAACAGUACCACGGAAGCCCUCUAACCUCGCGCUCAAUUCCGCUGUGCAACGGUCCCCGGUGAUUGCCCCCAUGACGCCGACCGCCGAGAAAGCGGAGCUUUCCUUCAAGACGCUCUUCCCGAAGACGCUCCACGAAUGCAAGUACAACCCGAAUCUCAAGGUGCUGCUGCUAGACGUGCGCACGCGGGAAAACUUCGAGCGCGAACACAUCCGUGGGGAUGCGGUGGUAUGCAUCGAACCAUCUAUAUUGAUGCGCGAGAAUGUGACAGCCCAAUCCAUCGAGGAUGCCCUUGCAGUCGGCCCGCCGCACGAAGCUGUAUUGUUCAAGAACCGCGACAAGUUUGAUCUUGUCGCUAUGUACGACGAUGCGUCCGUAGCAAUAGGCGACGCGCGCUCUCCCACAGGCGUGCUAUUCAAGGCGAUAUACGAGACAGCGUUCCGCAAAAUCCUGAAGAACAUGCCGAUGCUGCUUGUCGGAGGGCUGCAGGCGUGGAAGCGCGAGUUCGGCGACGCCGAGCUUGCACGCGCAGGUUCAGCAUCUCCGAGGCGUCCGAGUCCCCUCGCGGGGCUCGUCAACGGUGCGGGUCCGUCCACGGUCAACGGCUCCGCCGUCCCACACACACCGCCCGCCGAGCCGAAGGGGCUCGGUCUUGGCCAUGUACGCGCGCCUGCGGAGUCGUCGGUUGCGGCUCCUGUGCCCUCGGCACCGCCGCUCGGUGACUUUGCAAGCCUUACCUUUGGACGUCAACGCUCUGGAACGGAGUCCUCGGUGGAUCCGAACUCACAUAGACCGUGGAUACCCCAGGCCGGCAUGCGAACUCCUUUAGAGCCGGCACCGGGGUCACCCAGCUUGGAUGGUACCGGAGCGUUGCCGUCCAUUUCGGACCCUUCGAAACGGCUGCAGCGCAAACCUGCGAUGUCCCGAAGCGGAUCUAACUCUGUGUCAUACCCUUACAACUCUGUUAUACCUGAGAACAUGUCUGUGCAGCACGUCUCGUCAAGCAUGGCCAACGGCUCUUCUCCAUCUCCCAUACAAUACCCGCAAAUUUCUCGUCAUAUAUCCCCACAGGUGUCAGGGUCGUCAUUUUCCUCUUCCCCCGGCACCAAUGGACUGGUUUCGCUACCCCCCCAGGCGUCCAUCAACCCCUCACCUCUCGCCCGUAGACGAAGCGACUACAUUGACCAGUCCCAGGAGGCGAUCAAUGGCCUUACCCACCGAUCUCCUAUCGACUACCCCGAGCUCUCGUCCCAACACGUCAUCCGCCCGCCUCCGGCAGCAGCAUCGUCGACGUUGGAUAACCGACCACGCAUCAUGCCGUCCCAACCGCAGGUCACCCACUACGCGCUCGCACAGUCGGGUCCGCGGCCACCCAUGAUUCCAUCGGACUACCCUGUGACGUACUGGCCGGAUCUGCAGAUCGGGACGACGGGUCUCAAGAAUUUGGGAAACACGUGUUAUAUGAAUUCUACGAUCCAGUGCUUGAGCGCUACCGUGCCGUUUUCGCGCUUCUUUACAGAUGGGCGGUGGAAGAGCGCCGUGAACAUGAUGAAUCCGAUGGGCACCAAGGGCAACCUCGCGAACGCGUUCGCCAACAUUUUACGCGAAAUGUGGCAAGGAGAGCACGGAACGCUGUCCCCCGUUCCUUUCCGCCGUUCGCUCUGCAGUCAUGCGCCACAGUUUUCCGGCUCGGAGCAGCACGACUCGCAAGAAUUCCUGAGCUUCCUGCUGGACGGCCUACACGAGGACCUGAACCGGAUCCUGGCGAAGCCACAGGUCGUGUCCACACCGGAGCGUGAGGCGGAGCUCGAACGGCUACCGACACAAAUUGCGAGCGAACAGGAGUGGCAGAUCUACCGUAUGCGCGACGACAGCCUUGUCGUGGACUUCUUCCAGGGCCAGUACCGCAAUCGCAUGGAGUGUCUCACGUGCCACAAGACGUCGACUACAUAUAACACUUUCAUGUAUCUCACGCUCCCCGUUCCGCCGAAGAGCGGCAACGCGAAAGUGCCGUUGCAGCAGUGCAUAGACGCGUUCGUGAAGGAGGAAGUGAUGGACAAGUCUGACGCAUGGCACUGUCCGCACUGCAAGACGCUCAGGAAGGCGACGAAGCGGCUGUCGUUAUCACGACUCCCACCCGUGCUUCUUAUCCACCUCAAGCGCUUCUCCGCGAAGGGUCCGUUCACGGACAAGAUCGAGACGACUGUCGAGUUCCCGCUCAAGGGCCUCGAUCUCACGAACUACAUGCCGCCCCCACUCCCCCCUGGGGUGAGCGGCGGCUCGCCCGUGCAGCCCGACGACCCGCGCUAUCAGAACCCGCCAUAUCGCUAUGACUUGUAUGGGGUGACGAACCAUUUUGGGUCGUUGAGUACCGGACAUUAUACUGCAUUUAUCGCGUCGCGGGGCGGCUGGCUAUAUUGCGACGAUAGCCGUGUAACAUCAGCAGAAGCGAAGGACGUUGUCGGAAAGCCGGCGUAUAUACUCUUUUACAAGAGGGUCAAGGCAUGA